UAAGAGAAUACUUCUCCCAACAUGUCUGUAUCCCCGGAGUUUAGUCCAUUUUGUCUUCCAACCAGCAUGGGUGAAGGUGAUUUAAAACUGCUUGUGAAGCUAACUCAGGAGGGACGGUUGCUCUGUCUGCAGGAACACAUCGCAUCAUGGAGCUCUGAACCGACCGCUUUUAUCAGCGGCAAACACUUUGGACGCUCGGCAGAUACUCUGCUGCACUACGCUGCGAGACACGGACACUUGGACGUUAUGACGUUCCUAAUACAGCAGCUUGGCGCAGACGUGGAAGUGUGCAAUAACGACUACAAGAGACCGCUGCAUGAGGCUGCCUCCAUGGGCCAUGAGGAGUGUGUCGACUUCUUGCUCCAGGAAGGAGCUAACGUGGACAGCCUAAAGAGGGCAGACUGGACUCCCCUCAUGAUGGCAUGCACCAGAAAGAAUCUGAAGGUGAUAGGGAAGCUGCUGUCCCACGGCGCAGACCCCACCCUGAGAAACAAGGACGGCUGGAACUCCUUCCACAUCGCUUGCAGGGAGGGUGACCCUCAGGUCGUGGAGCUGCUGCUUCGAGCUGCACCAGACGUUUGGAGAAGCGAGAGCAGAACGGGCAGAACACCACUGCACACUGCAGCUAUGCAUGGCUGUGAGGAGGUGGUUAGCAUCCUGCUGGAGAGAUGUGGCUACACCCCAGACAGCGCUGACAGCUGUGGAGUCACGCCUUUCAUGGAUGCUGUCAGGAACGGACACCUCCCUGUGGCCAGGCUGCUCAUAGAGAAACACCAGGCAUCUCCAGUGGCAGCUGAUGUUCUCGGGGCUCAGCCGGUGCACCAGGUGGCUGUCACUGGCCAGGAGGAGGCGCUCCGUUUUCUGGCGCUGGACCUAGCUGUGGAUAUAAACCAGAGAGCCACUGACAUCCAACUCACUGCGUUGCAUUACGCUGCAAAGGAGGGCCACACUGCUGUAAUUAAAACACUAGUGGAACUCGGAGCAGAUCUUCACGUUCGGGACAAAAAAGGACGCACCGCUCUCCACAUGGCCUGCAUUGGGCAGCAUGCAGAUGCAGUUCGGACGCUGCUGCUACUCGGAUUGCAGGACUCUGAAGACGGAUCCGGUGCAACAGCCCAGCAGCUGGCCAGGAAGCGGGACGUACUGCGAUUGUUUGAGCGUGACACGCCAGAAACACAUACAGGGUCGGCGUGAAAACAAACACACUUUUGUCAUUGUCACUUUGAAGCUUUGAUACUUCAGAGACUGAAGCUAAUAUGAGACAGUUUGCUGGAAUUUGUGUAAAUAUGAGCAGAUGCUGUAAGAUCAGGUUGUGUCUCAGCAUGCUCCCUUUUCUGACAGCAUCCUGAUGAUAUUAUGACCUUCUAUUUUGCUCAUGACGUACCUUGGAAAGUGGAAAUAUGACAUAAAAAUAUUUAUUUAGAGAUUUGCUAUGAGUUCUUUUUCCCUGCCAAAUGGUUGUGAAGACUUUUUUAUAAAAAUCUAUUCAAUAAAUCUUUUUUUUUUUUUAAAAA